AUGUCGACUUCCAGGGGGCGUCCUGAGGAUACGUACGAGGCUCAGAAUGACCAACGUCUAGACGAACUACACUCUAAGAUUCGGACACUGCGUGGGGUUACGACCGACAUACAUGCCGACGUGGAAAGGCAGAACCUCAUGCUGGAUGAUACUGGCAACUCCUUUACUGCGUUCUCCUCUUCCCUCGCCAAUUCUUCGAGACGAGCAGCACGUGCUUUUGGACUCGAAGGAGGAGUGAAGACUUACCGAAUCAUUAUUUACUGUAUAUCAUUCCUCAUUGGGUUCUGGGUAGCAUGGAAGAUCCUGGGUUGGUGGUGGGGUAGCUCGGAAACGGUGCAGGCACCGUGA